AUGGCAAUGCGGCGUCUACAGUGGUUGGACAAGAGGCUGCAAAAUGAUGAUGAAAUGAAGGCUCAGUAUUACGCGUUCAUGGAAGAAUAUAUCAGUCUCGGCCAUAUGGUUCUCACUCCCCAUGACGAUAAAAAUGGAUCAACCAAUUGCUACCUCCCGCACCAUCCCGUGGUGAAACAAUCGAGCACGACAACCAAGGUUCGAGUUGUGUUCGAUAGCUCAGCAAAAACUAGCACCGGAGAUUCUCUCAACGAUGCGCUGUUAGUUGGGCCAGUUCUUCAGGACGACAAGAUCGCAAUAGUGGCGGAUGCGGAGAAGAGGUACCGGCAGGUAUUGAUGCACCGUACAGAUCGGCCAUUGCAGAAGAUUCUGUGGCCACCCAGUAGCAGCGGAACCGUUCAAGCUUAUGAGCUGUGCACCGUUACGUAUGGACUCGCGCCGUCUUCGUUUCUAGCCACGAGAACCCUGUUGCAGUUAGCUGAAGAUCAUGGAAGUGAAUAUCCGAAGGAAAGUAAGGCACUGAGGAAGAAUGUGUACGUGGACGACUUCAUUACCGGUGACAACACAAUCGAUGGCGCAAUCCAGUUGCGCACGGAGUUGAUGCAGCUUCUGCAGAAGGGUGGUGUUCUUUUGCGGAAGUGGUGCUCGAAUUCACUGCAGGUCUUGGAUGGUCUUCCUCCAGAGCUUCUUGGCACUCAAUCUUCCAUCAAGUUCGGCCCCGAAGAGACCAUCAAAACCCUCGGCAUCAGUUGGGAACCUGAGGCAGACGUUUUCAAGUUCGAUACAUCUAUCAUCGUCAACAACCAAACACCUACGAAGCGCACCAUUCUUUCGACCAUCGCUCAACUCUUCGACCCUCUCGGAAUCAUUUCUCCCGUCGUUGUUCAAGCAAUAAACCUAAUUAUUUAA